UAGUGAUGGCUUAUUCAACAACAAUCAUCAACUUUAUGAUCACCAUCUUAAUAUCUCUAAUUCUAAGUAGCACCAUAUCCGAAUCUUAUGUACACCGAUCAUCAUCAGCUCCCUUCAAACCAAACACACUCAUUCUCCCAGUUAUGAAAGACUUCAAAAACAACCUUUUCGCCACGACCCUCCACAAGAGAACUCCUCAAAUCGCCGUGCCCCUUGUCCUCGAUCUCAACGGCAGAAUCUUGUGGCUUAACUGCGACGACAACUACUUGUCUUCCACCUACAGAGCUCCGAUAUGCCACUCCGUCCAAUGCGCACGCGCCGGCGCCCAUUCCUGCCACAAAUGCGGGUCUUCCCCCACUCCUCGGCCCGGUUGCCACAACAACACUUGCAGUGUCAUCGCCACUAACCCAAUCACCCUAAAGAAUUCCGUUAGCGAACUCGCGCUCGACGUCGUCACUAUUCGUGACUUCAACGGCAGCAGUGGCUCCAACGCUAGCCGUCGUUGGGCCACCGAUCCUCACUUUAUGUUCGCUUGCGCGCCUUCGUCUCUUCUGCAAGGACCGCUCCAGCACGGUGUUCGGGGAAUUGCCGGACUGGGAAAUACCCCUGUUUCUUUGCCCGUGCAACUCGCUUCACGUUUCGGGUUCCGCCCUGAAUUCGCCUUGUGCCUUUCUCCGUGGGGCAUAGAGGGAACGAUGCUGAUCGGGAAUAUUCCUCCAAGGAUGCUACCGAAAAUCAUGUUCUACACCCCCUUAACCGUUGGCGCACAGGGCGACUACUCCAUACGUAUCAGAUCGAUCAGCAUAAACAACAAAAAUGUCCCCUUCAACACGAGCUUAUUUUCCAAAACCAAAGGGUUUGGCGACACGAUAAUCAGCACGACAGUAUAUCAAACAGUUAUGGAGCACUCGAUUUACAAAGAGUUGACCCAAUUCUAUGUUAGAGAACUAUCCAGGGUGCCUCGAGCUCCAGCCGUACCCCCCUAUGGACUCUGCUUUUUCAUCAGAGCUAUUUGGCCGACCGCUAUUCCCGAUAUAAAUUUGUAUUUUCAGAACAGAAAUGUGAGGUGGAGGAUUAGGGGAUACGACUCGUUGUUUUACGUGACGCGGGAGGUGGCUUGUUUGAGGUUCGUUGAUGGGGGAACAAAUGUACGAGCGCCAAUCACAAUUGGAUCGCAUAUGUUGGAGUCCACCUUUGUGCACUUUGAUCUCGCUAGAUCAAGAUUUGGUUUCACCCCUAACUGGAGCCAACAAAAUAUCUACUGCGAGCAAUACUACAACUUCACCGCUAAUCCUCACCACGAGCUACAUAACUUUGAUGCCACAACAAAUUAGCUUAUACCUCUUUCAACUUUCGUCUAAGUGUGCAUGCGUGUUUAUGUAUGAGGUCUUCUAUCUUUUUCUUUUUUUUUUCUUUUUGGUUUCCGGAUCGUCAGAUCGUUCGGUGUUUAUGUAAUUAGUUUAUGUAAUAUAUAUUAUGUGUAUAUGUUUGUUUAUA